UAUAUAUAUAUAUAUAUGAUACUACCUUCUAUCUGUUCAAAUUCAUUUUUUCAAUUAUACUCGACAAACGAUCGUACUGCACGUUUAGCAAUUCCAUAUUUUUCGACAGCUCAACUUUGUUAGAAGUUACUUAAGAACGGUUGGGAAAGAAGAAGGGCCAUCGGAGGAACAACGACUCAUGAUGGAAAUAAAGAUAUUCUAUCUGGCUAGUCACUUAUUUUGGGGUCUCUGGAGUAUCGUCAACGCCAAAUUAUCAGAAAUUCCAUUCGGUUACUGGGACUACGCAGUUUCCAGAUUAAAAAAUUACCAAUAUCUGAAGGAAAAAAUUGUGGCUUCUGGAGGAUCACCGACGGUGGAUAACGACGACGGUGUCAAAAAAAUAACCAUGGUAGAUUGAACAAAUCGACAACAGUGUACGAGCGUGACUGUUUCCUUUCUGCGACAAGUAAAAGUCUGCUGCCCGCUAUAUUUUCAUGCGCUCGUAAUUAUCCUGUCAGAUUCGUGACAUUCACUUUCUCGUUGUUUCACGAAUCAACGUCUGCGGUUUUUAACAGAAGAAAAAAAAAAAAAGAACGGAAAAGCCGACAACAACGGAACAAGAUAUGAAAACCAACGAGAAAAGAAUUUGCGCACGCAUGUAUUCAUAUGCAGGGAGCAAAGGUAGCGCACGCGAGUGAGCGAGAGAGAAAGAAAGAAAGAAAGAAAGAAAGAAAGAAAGAGAGAGAGAGAGAAUAUGAACGUAGCUCAAGAAUAUAAUAUGGGAGACAACGAAAGUACACACACACACACACACACACACAUACAUACACAUGUACACGAAAAAAAGAAAAAUAAGAUUGGUAAAGAAAGAAACGAGACGAUGCCUUACGAUAGAAUUGUCUACGCCAAUUGUUACGAACAAUUCUGUUCAGUUUUCGAUGAAUACUGCUCGAUACAACUACUACACGAUACACGUGUGAUUAAUCGAAAGCUAAUGACUAAUGUGACUAAUAUACAAGAUAAGACAUAAUCCCUUCGCUGUAAUAUAGAAAAUGGAAAGGGACUUGCGCAAGUGCAACAGGGAUAUCUCUUUCGUGGACAACCUUGUCUUACGAAUUACGAAUGUGAUAUAGAAUAAGAAAUGCGUAUGAGAUAUUGUCCUGACAUCUUCAACUUUUCAGGGAAAAGCUGCUCAAUUUUCGAAUCGGGCUAUCAAUAUUUUUAGCCGGAUAUUGAAAAUCAAAAGGGUUGAUUCCUACCGUCUAUAAUUACAUUAUAUAUGUAUAUGAUGUACACGUGUAUGUACGUAAUGCCUAUGUAUAUACACACGUAAUAUGCAUAUGCAUGUACAUAUAUAUAUAUAUAUACACAUACGCAACAUACGUACGUACAUAUGUAAGUAUGGCGAACGUACAUACAUGUGUGUACGUAGAUGAUUUGUACAUAUAUAACUACAAUUUUAUUGUACCUGGAUCUAAUCAUUGUGCUAUCAAAUCGUAUUUUCGAUCGCGUCUCGCGUGUAUAUACAUACAUAUGUACUUAAUUGUGAGUUGUUUUUGCACGAGCUGAGAACGUCGUGCAAAGAAACAAAAACACACGGACGUGAUAAAAAAUCAUUACAGAAUCAUUACGUAUGUACAUGUUUGCGAUGAAUACUGAAUCAAGAUAUUUUCUCCGUGAUUAUUUAGUAUCUACUGACGUUUUAUUUCUAAUUCUUCCACACCGUGAUAUUGCGUGUUUCAUUAGUGCGACAUAUUUCUCGGUUCAACGAAAAAUGAUAUUUUAAUAAAAUUGCAAGAAACGA